CCAGGAAGUUGCAGCACUCAAAUGAAGUGUUGUGCUGGUGGAGGCCAUUCUUCAGACCUGUAUGGGUGGAUCUGGUGUUCACGUCGCGCAUCCAGCUGCCUGCAAAUAUGUCCACCAUGAUCAACACCUUUCACAGCAGCUUCAAUCCUCCACCGAUACCUCCACGGCCAGGCCACAGAGGAGGACCAGCACUGCCAUCAAACACACCAUUAGUCAAGUUCUUGUCAGUGCUGCUGCUUCUACUAAUGAUACAGACAUUUGGAGGAUUUCUCUACCUGUUCCACAGACUCAACACGCUGCAGGACAGACAAAAUGAUAACAAGAUAAGCACACUAAAACAACUACAGCAGUGUGCUGAGAACAACCUAGAAUUGAAGGACCUACAGUACUGCAACAGUAUUGUUGAAAACUACAGGACUGUCAUCAAGAAGAUCUCUCAAGCUGAAGGAAAAGUGGCUUUGUUGACUGAAACUGGAUCCUCCACGAUACCUAAAGCAAGAAUGUUACCUUUGAUACCUAAAGAUAAGCACAAGUCCAAUACCCUGCUGUGGGACAGUAACCACUCUGUGCUGGAGAAGAUCAGUGUUAGCACAUCAGGAGAACUGAGAAUUCACUACCCUGGAUACUAUUUGAUCCAAUCUCAUGUCACCUUUUCCAAAGCGCACAGCAAAGCAACACUCAAGCAAACCAUAUGGAUGAAAAAGACACCUGGUGAAUCCCCGAGUAAACUUCUUGAUUCCUACUGCAGCUUGCCUCGGAGCAGCACAAUACCAGAUAUGUGCACUGCCUCACUGACAGGGGUGUUUAGGCUUGAGAAGGAUCAGACGCUGUUUGUUAAUGUAACUGACAUGGGCUUGGUGAACUUGGCCUCGACCACUUUUGGAUUGUACAGGCUACAGGAUUAAGUGCAGACUGACUAAGAACUAAAAGGAUCCACCAACACAUAAAGUGGAUAUGAUUCACUUUAUCCCACACCAUUUUACAUGGUAUACAUGGAUAACCAUGCACUGAUAACUUUAUCACUUUAUUGACUAUUUUUCUAUCUAUUCGGAAAAGGAGGUUACGACUUCCGCCGAGAAAAGCUUCUUCCUUUAACUUACACCACAAGGCGAGUUCAGAAAAUCUGACACAGCUGGAAACGUAGGGAGAAUGGAGAAUCUGUGUCACUUAGUGACUCCUUUUCAUACGAAGAAAUAGUCAAUAAUUUUAAACAUGUAAAGUGGUAUAAACGUAGUGUAAUAUUCUCAAUCUGUACUACCAAAAAUAAUUUAUUAAUGUUUGCUGUUAUGUACCGUCAUAUCUAUAUUUAUAAAGGGAAAUUCCAGUUUGAAUAGACUACUCCUACUCCACACCUUAUGUGUCAUUUUAGGUUAUGGUGAUUCAGGUGUUCUAGAAUAGAAUAGAAUGUGACACUACAUUUAAUAGAAGCUUGGUUAUUUCUAAAAGUUCUUUACUGACGAUAAAAUGUUAUACGUACAUAUAGUCUUAUGUAGAAUUAGAAUUAUUUUAUUUGCUAAAUCCAGUUGUGUGUCACAAUAAAACUCCAUCAUAAACAUACCACAGAUGGAAAGUAGGGUUUAAAUGGAAGCUCCUUUUUUUUUAGAAUAUGUAUUUAUAUUUUUGUAUUAAAACACCAUUAUCCAAUUCAA